CGUGUCCGCCCCCUCACCCGCUCUCCUCGCAGAGCGGGCCUUUGCAGCUGAGACUGGGUGGAGGGAGAGGCGCGGAGACACUGGGGCUCUGACGAGCCGGCUGAGGCCCUCUCAGUAGGGGGGUCACGCCUCCUGGAACUCAGGGACCCCAAGUUUCUGUGCAUUCAGGGCGGGGCUGGCCCCAUGCCCUGUGCAUAGGGGCCUGGCUGCAUCCCAGUCGAUCAGCCAGAGGCAGCAGCAGUGGACUCAUCAAUUGUGGAGGAAGCCCUGGGGACCCUGGGGACCUUGCCGACUCUAUUCCCAGCCAGCUCCUAGGACAAGCCUCAGAGCCAACACCCGCUCGACCCUCUCCCGGCCCCUCCCCUUCUUUGUCUUUUGCAGAUGAUCGCCGGGUGUCCUCCUUUUCCCUCUAGUCAGACAAGGUGAGCGCUUCCGCGGCGGGGCUUCUGUAAAGAGGUCACAGCACGCUGUGUCCCGGGACGCACGCGGAUUCCUGCACAGGUGUGGUGGCUGCGGAUGGGGACGGAGCGUAGCAGGCUCGCCGGCCUCCUCCCGGCGGCGGCUCCGCUUCUCCUUCCUGCUGUUCACUUCAUCUCCUCAUCUGCAUGUGUGACAGCGGCGCGCGGACUGGGGAAGGACAGAGCGCCCUCUCCCCGGCUCCCGUGCAGCGGGGCGGGGGCUCCGGGCUCCCCAGUGAUGCGUCGUCUGCGCCUCGCCGCCGCGCUCCCCGGGCCUGGCAGCGGCCAGGCGUGGACGCCGCCGGACCGCUGAGACUCGGGGCACGGUGAAGCACUGGCCGGCGUCUGGCUGGGUCCGGCGCUCGGGAGCCAGAUGGAGGUGGAGAUAGGGGCCGUGGGAGCCGGCGCCGAGUAGCCUGUGGACCCCCGCGCUCGCACCUCUCCCGGCGCCCGGGCGCUCCCCGAGGCUGCCAUGGAGGUGCCUAACGUCAAGGACUUCCAGUGGAAGCGCCUGGCGCCACUGCCCAGCCGCCGGGUCUACUGCUCCCUGCUGGAGACCGGGGGCCAGGUCUAUGCCAUCGGGGGAUGUGACGACAACGGCGUCCCCAUGGACUGCUUCGAGGUCUACUCCCCCGAGGCCGACCAGUGGACCGCCUUGCCCCGGCUGCCCACAGCCCGGGCGGGGGUGGCCGUCACCGCCCUGGGGAAGCGGAUCAUGGUGAUUGGGGGCGUGGGCACCAAUCAGCUGCCCCUGAAGGUCGUGGAGAUGUACAACAUCGAUGAGGGCAAGUGGAAGAAGAGGAGCAUGCUGCGUGAGGCCGCCAUGGGCAUUUCUGUCACGGCCAAAGAUUACCGAGUAUAUGCGGCAGGCGGGAUGGGCCUGGACCUACGUCCACACAACCACCUCCAACACUAUGACAUGCUCAAGGACAUGUGGGUGUCCCUAGCACCCAUGCCCACCCCGAGAUAUGCUGCCACCUCCUUCCUCCGAGGCUCCAAGAUCUACGUGCUGGGGGGACGACAGUCCAAGUAUGCGGUCAACGCUUUCGAGGUCUUUGACAUCGAGACUCGCUCCUGGACCAAGUUUCCCAACAUUCCCUAUAAGCGGGCCUUCUCCAGCUUUGUGACCCUGGACAACCACUUGUACAGCCUGGGAGGCCUGCGGCAAGGUCGCCUCUACCGGCAGCCCAAGUUCCUGCGGACGAUGGACGUGUUCGACAUGGAACAGGGGGGAUGGCUGAAGAUGGAACGAUCGUUCUUCCUCAAGAAGCGGCGGGCAGAUUUUGUGGCUGGCUCUCUGAGUGGACGGGUCAUAGUGGCUGGGGGACUUGGGAAUCAACCCACUGUCCUGGAGACGGCGGAAGCAUUCCACCCAGGGAAGAACAAAUGGGAGAUCCUCCCUGCCAUGCCCACACCCCGCUGUGCCUGCUCCAGCAUAGUCGUCAAGAACUGCCUCCUCGCUGUGGGAGGUGUCAACCAGGGUCUGAGUGACGCAGUGGAGGCCCUGUGUGUCUCUGACUCCUAGCUGUCUCUGGGCUCAGUACCUUUGCCCUGGACCAUAUCACUUCACUCUUAACAUGAGGAAUGAUCUUGUCCAAGCAGUCGGGGCUACUUCCGAGAAUGUCAGCUCCUGUUAGCAACCAGUGGAGUCUGGCCUUGGGGCUCUAAGUUGACCUCUCUAUAGCUCCAAAUCCUACCAAUCUCAGAAAACUGUAAGAGGCACAGAUGACUCCACCAGCUGCAGAGCUGACUCUGAAGAGAGUCUUCACUUACUGCACAGGCAAAGAAAGGCACAGGAAUAUUUCCUACCUCUCCCUCCUGUGAGUCCCACCUCCCCCCACCCCCAUCUCCAGGAGGCAGGUAGAGCAGUUCUGACCGAGAGGAUAGACUGCUGUUGCUGUCUUUCCCCAGCUCUGAACUAGUUUUAAGGUAGCUUAGGAUGAAAAAUUGAGAAUGAUUGGGGGUUCCAAACCACUUUCUUCUCCCUUGGCUUAUAUCUCUUCACCAUUUGGUGGUCAACUGUGGGCCUACCCUGGACCUCAUCUACUCAGCGAGAAUUGGACAUGAAGCUAGAGGCAGCUGCCUUGGAAGGGAAGUCAGGCUCACUUGGACAGCCCAGGCCACGGCAGGAAGAAUCCCUUCCUCUUGGGGUCCUUGGUGGGCAUGUGUGAUGGGGAAGGAGCAGUCUCCCAGCCCUGGGUCUGCUCCCCACAUCUCUCCUAAUUCCACUUCACCUUUUGCCACCCCCUCCCCACCAGAGGCCUAGCCCUUUUGUCACCGAAGGCCCCCAGAGUGUUUCUGUGUGAAACCCUCUCAUUUACACUGUGGCAUCAAAAUCCACAAAAGAUGGAUUAAUUGCACUCUGGUUAAUAGCAGCAGCACAAUGAUUAAAAUCUAUAUUCCUAUCUUCUCUAGCACCCUGGUGUGGGGAUGGGGCGGAAGGGUGUCUUGAGGGGCAGGGAGGACCCCAUAAAACAAUCCCUCCUGCAUUCUCAGGCUAAAUAGGGCCCCCAGUGACUACCUGUUCUUGGCUGUCCCCUCUGAAGAGCUCUGCCUUCUCACAGCCACCACCAGUUGCCCCACUCCCAGGAAAACAGCACAUAUUCUUCUUCUCCUGCCUUGAGACUGCAUGUUAGUCUUCCAUUCAUAACUCAUCAGCAGCUCAGUCCUUCUUAUGUCUAGUCUCAGUUCAUUCAGCCAAAGCUCAUUUUUGUCCUAUCCAAAGUAGAAAGGGUUCUUUUAGAAAACUUGAAGAAUGUGCCUCCUCUUAGCAUCUGUUUCUGACUCCCAGUUAUUUUAAAAAUAAAUGAUGAAUAAAAUGCCUGCCCUGAAGGGUUCUGGAGGAGUCAGGUAUCACUCAUCAGGUGAUAGUGUAAUUCUUUCUCCGGGAGGCAGGAAUGGAGGAGGAUCACCUAUCUGGAUCUGAGGGGUCCAGGGAGCCUCCUGGAGGGAGGGAGUGUGACACCUUCAGCGGGAUCUUCAAGGACAAGUGGAACCUGGGUCUUUACAGGAUACGGAUUUUUUCCCCCUCCCUUUCUCUGGGUACUUGGACUUUUUCCUUACUUGGGUCCAAGAAGGGCACUGCCACCUGCUGGCCCAGCAUUUCCCUUCCCCCUCCCAGAGCUGGGAGGCCUCCCGUAGCCGCUGCUGCCCCCUAGUGAGGAGACUGCAGAGAGGCCUCCCCUGCUGCUUCUGGAUCCCUAUAUUUGAGUUCAGCCCCUGAAGUAACAGAUAGAAACAGGAGCUGGAGGAGCUGCAGAUACUAUAAGGGAUGAUGGAACUGUGCAUUAGGGGAUGCUCUUCCAAAGGCAUCCUGUCUCCUCAAUCCCCUACCCAAGAAAGGUGUUUAGCAACUGGAGUGCCUCCACCCCUUGCAAGAGAAACCCAAGCCUUAUGGGAGGGGGCAUUUCCAAGCACACAAAGUGGUCCCAUAUGCAUGGAUAGGGCUGAGCUUUUUUUUUUUUUGAGACAGGGUCUUGCUCUAUUGCCCAGGCUGGAGUGCAGUGGUGCGAUCAAGGUUCACUGCACUCUCCGCCUGGGCUCAAGCAAUCCUCCCACCCCAGCCUCCCAAGUAACUGGCCCUAGACUCAAGCGAUCCUCCUGCCUCGGACUCCCAAAGUGCUAGAUUACAAGCCUCAGCCACCAUUCCCAGACAAUGAGGUAUUUUUGAACGGUCAGACGGAACCUUGGGAGUACAGAGAGCUCUAAAAGGUUGAAUUAGCCACUGGAACCUGUGAGGGCAACUCCGGGCUGGAGCUGGUAUCUGCUGAGAACUCACCCCUUGGAAGUCCAUUCUGGAAAGACUUUAGGGGUGCCUCACUGAGGAAUGAGGGAAAUACUGAAUGUCUGUUAAGCCAUGUGGUCCUGUACCUCAUGGUGCUGCAGAGGCAGCACAGGAUCUGGGGUAAGAUGGCCUGGCCCAGGUCUCGCUCCCCCACCCCCAUAGGCUUUCCCGUCCCCUUUCCACUGUGGGAAGGCUCCUCACCUUUCCUGUCUUCAUUUCCCAACCUACACAACAGCAAUCAUAAUGCUGUCUCACAGGUGGUAAGGUACUUCUUUCAACCCUCAGAUCAACUCCAUGAGGUAGGUAGUAUCCUCCCAUCUUGCAGAUGAGAAAACUGGGGCUCCAGGGUCACAAACUCGUAAGUGACUGAACCAGGUCUGAUCCCAAAACUUGUGACCACAGCACUGCAUUGCCUCACGUGAAAUAGCACCAGGAAAGGAAAGAAAAUCAACUGCGCUAUACUAUGUAGGAAGUUCAAAAUGUCUCAAAAUCUAGAAGGAUUGAGAUUGUUUCCUAAGGAAUAAGUGUGAGUAUUCGCAAGGAAUGGGUGAGAAGGGUUUCCUCAUGUGAAAUGGGCAUAGAUUAUUCCUAAAUGUAUACUCCCCGGUAAGUUCCCUUCUAACUUUUUCAUUCCAUUAUUUAACAUUUAACACCUAUUCUGUGCCUGGCAUGGUGCUAGAUUCAUGCCCUAUAGCAGUUACAUCUUGGGAGGAAGACAGGGGACCAUGGCUGCCGUUACUGUUUGAUCAGUGUCAGCCUUUGCUAGUGCAACUCAGAGGCACCCUACUCAGGGUGGUUGCAGAGAGCUGAGAUGAAGAGUUCAGUGCAGGUUUCCAGGAAAUAAAUCUCAAACUGCACUUUGAAAGAAGAGGGAAGCCAGGUGCGGGGGCUCAUGCCUGUAAUCCCAGCACUUUGGGAGGCCGAGGCGGGCGGAUCACCUGAGGUCGGGAGGCCGAGGCGGGCGGAUCACCUGAGGUCGGGAGUUCGAGACCAGCCUGACCAACAUGGAGAAAUCCUGUCUCUACUAAAAACACAAAAUUAGCCAGGCAUGGUGGUGCAUGCCUGUAAUCUCAGCUACUCGGGAGGCUGAGGCAGGAGAAUCACUUAAACCCGGGAGGUGGAGAUUGCAGUGAGCUGAGAUUGUGCCAUUGCACUCCAGCCUGGGCAACAAGAGAGAAACUCUGUCUCAAAAAAAAAAAAAGAAGAAGAAGAAAGAAAGAAAGAGAAAAAAGAAAGAAGAGGGAGACCAGCCAGGCAGAGGAGGAUGAUCACAGGCUUUGCAGCAAGAAAGAUGGGUUCAAAUCACGAUUGUCAUGUACUAAUUGAUCUUGGGUACAUUACUUAACCUCUCUGAGUCCCAGUUUUCUUAUUUGUAAAAUGUGCAAAAUAAGGCCUCACUUAUGAGGCUAAGAGCUACCUGCUAUAUGUAAAGUGAUGUAUGUGUGUUCAGUGAGUAGCUGCAUUAUUAUUUCAUUGUUGUUGAAGGAGAGGUAGAGGUGUUCUCAAGCCCACUGAGGGAAAGGGUUUGGCUUAUUUGGGGGAAAACAUGUAGUGGAGCAUGUAGGGGGAGGAUGUGGGAAGAUGGGCCUCGAAAUGCAGGCAGGCAGACCAAGAAAGGCCUUACUAUAUGCCUUGUUAAGGAGUCUGGAGUUUAUGCAUGUGGGAAGUUAGGAUAAAUUAAGGGUUUUAAGGGUAAGAGCAGUGUGACCAGAAUUGUACCUCUGUAGGGAUGUAGACUUGUACAUCCCUAGCAUGAGAUAUUCUGAGUUCUUUUUCUAAGGAAUAGAAAGUAAGUGAAAUCACUAAGACAUCAUCUAAGAUCAGAAGGAACAGCCGAGCAUGGUGGCUCAUGCCUGUAAUCCCAGCACUUUGGGAGGCUGAGGCAGGUGGAUCACCUGAGGUCAGGAGUUCGAGACCAGCCUGGCCAACCUCGUCUGGUGAAACCUUGUCUCUAAUAAAAAUACAAAAAAAAAUUAGCCGGGCAUGGUAGCAGGCACCUGUAGUCCCAGCUACUCGGGAGGCUGAGGCAGGAGAAUUGCUUGAACCUGGGAAGCAGAGGUUGCAGUGAGCUGAGAUUGUGCCCCUGCACUCCAGCCUGGGUGACAAGAGUGAGACUCCAUCUCAAAAAAAAAAAAAAAUCAGAAGGAACCCCAGCUGGGGUUGGAAUCCUGGGACAAUGUGCAGACCAAGCUUUUUAGGCCUUCUCUUGCGGAAGGCCCAUCUACUGGGCAAUCAGAGAGGGCCAGGAGACCCCAGAACUGCAGGAGAGUGGACCAGUCCACGCCCUCCAUCACUUCUCUUUCCCCAGGAUUGUUUUCUACUAAUCUCUUGCAUUUGCACUGGACUUUAUGAGCUGCAAAGCUCCUGCAUGGGAGGUAGGGUACAGUUAGCCUUUUCCAAUCCCCAUUUUACAGAAGAAGAAACUGAGAACUGGGAAUCCUGUGACUAACCUAGGUGGCACAGCUAAUAAGUGAUAGGAAUGAAAAUCUAACCCAGCUCAGUGUACAGCGUCCCUCCCCCAUCACCUGCUGCUGUCUCUAAGCUCUACGGUAAGGGGAAUAGCAAGGGAGGUCAGUGUAUCCAUCCAUGCCACCAUGUGACCUACAGAACAUGCCCAAAGCUUUGAGCCAAAGGCCUCCAGCUUAAGAGAGAGCUCAAGUUGUAGUCUGAGUGAGAUCAAACAUGAGUGAGGGCAGGAGCUUCAUGUCAGGAUAAAACACCUGCAGAAGUACAACACGAGGCAGGAGCCAGGCGAGAGCUGACGAGGAGGGCACACAGAAGGACCCAGGCAAGCUGGGCGGAUCAAAAUGACCAUAUGUAUUAGUUCCCUAGGCCUGCUCUAACAAAAAUACCACAAGUAGGUGACUUAAAACAGAAACGGAUUGUGUCACAAUUCUGGCAGCUAGAAGUCUGAAGCCAAGGUGUCAGAAGGGCUGUGCUCUCUUGGAAGGCUCUUGGGAUGGGGGUGGGGAGGGCAGGAUUCUUCCGCGCUUCCUCCUAGCUCCUGGUAUUUGCUGGUAAUCUUUGGUGUUGCUUGGCUUAUGGCGGCACAGCUCCAAUCUCUGCCUCCAUCUUCACGUGACCUUAUAAGGACACCAGUCAUUGGAUUAAAGGCCUGUCCUAAUCCAGUAUGACCUCAUUUGAACUCGACUAUGUCUGCAAAGACCCUGUUUCCAAAUAAAGUCACAUUCACAGGUA